AUGGUUCAACUCGUCAUAGCACGCAGCAUCGCCUUCCAUGCUUUGGAGCCUACCAUUUCCCCCCGUUCGUGGAUGCGAAGGCAUGGCAGAAUUCUGAGAAGCCUUUCCACGAGUAAUGACGAUGACUCUACUCAGACAGAUGGAGAUAGACUUGCAGAUUUCCGCAAUAAAAACAACAUCCGUGAUCAAGUGUUUUCGGCAAUGUCAGCAGAUGGCUCAAUCAAAGUAACUGCGUGCACAGCGAGGAACUUGGUUAACGAUCUUAUGAUUAUGCACACCAUGACAGCUACUCCUUCUGAUGCCCUGGGAAGAGCCAUCACAUGCGCCCUGCUCAUGAGCAAUGGUAUGCAAGAAGAACAAGUGAUUCAGUUGACUGUGAACACGGAUGGUCCUAUUCGCGGCGUAGUUGCGACUUCAACAGGUAAAGCUGAGGUUCGAGGAUAUGUCGGAACCCCUGGAUUGGGAGACAUCGAGUUGAAAGAAGCUGUGGGUCUAGGAACCCUCCAAGUUGUGAAAAACCACCCAGACUGGCCAAGACCCUACACAGGUAUUAGUGCAGUGAGACACGGUGAUAUUGAUAGGGAUGUCGGCGCGUACUUGGCCGAAAGUGAGCAGAGAUCCUGUGCUCUUGCCGCCGCAACUUCUAUCAACGGCAUCCUAUGCACUGCUGCUGGAGGCUACCUGAUUGAACAGCUUCCAAAUGCAGACAGGGAUACUCUGUCGCAAGUAGAAAAGAAUCUGGCAACUUUGGUCCAAAAAGAUGGUGGCGACAAACUACCAACCAAUCUUCUCCUUAAUGGCUUCACACCGGUUGAUAUUGCGGAGACUAUUCUUGACGGCUUGGAAAUGCAACCACUUCAACAGAUGGAACCGAAAUUCCAUUGCCCAUGUUCGUCGGAUCGCUUACUUCGGGCUCUGAGACUAUUGUCGCCGGAAGAAGUUGAGGAUAUUCUUGAAACAGAAGGCAAAAUUGAAGCAAGAUGCGAAUUUUGUGGAAAGGUGUAUAGAAUGUCACCUGAGGAGGUUCGAGUAGAGAUGGCAUCGGCGACAGGAGAUCCAUCCAAGGACACCGACUUUGAAGAUAACUGA